GAUUAUUUAAACUGUUCUUUAUUCAUCUUUUAUAAAAUGACUGCUUGAAAAAUAUUGAAAGAGAGAAAGUGGCAAAAAAAAGAAUCAAUCAGAAUGAAACCUACUGAAAGGGCAGAUAUAUAUAAACAUAAAUAAUGUUUGGCAAAUGACCAUUAGAGACUUCCAGCGCAACAGGACACUGAAAAUUGAAAACUGCAAUAUCUACAAAUAAUUAUAAAGACAGCGAAAUUAAGAUGAGAUUUGAGAUUUUGGCAAUCAUUUUUCUUUGCCAAAUUACACAAGGGUGGUCUAUGUUUGGAUUUGGGAGUCUCGAAGCUAAGCCAGAAUGUGACCCUCUACAUACAUCCUGCCUGGGCAGGUGCGGGAAGCCUGCCUUGUUAGACAUCACAAAAUAUGUCUGCCAAUGUGAUGGUGAGUGUUUGUUGUUUAACGAUUGCUGCCAUGACUACAAUGAAACAUGUGGCCGCCAUGGUGAUAAUUCCACAUCAGAUGCUUUAACAAAGUUAAGCGUUCGACACGAAUGUAUUCCUUUGAAUUUAGCUGACUCUAUCUUUGUCAUAGCUGGAUGCACUGAGGAUUCACAGGAUGAUACGGACACUAUCAACUCAUGUCAUAAUCCAAAUGAGACUGACAUUCUAGACACAACGCCUGUGAAUGACCAAGCAACUGGUCUCACAUAUAGAAACAUUCAUUGUGCACGAUGUAACAAGGUAAAUGACUUCAAAUUCUGGAAGACGAAAGUGGCUUGCAGUGAGGACACUGAUUUCCAAAAGGACAACAUCUCAAUUGAGGUCAUGUCCAUCGGAUUGUUGGAGACGAUUAACUGCAGAAUAAACUAUACGUUGGAGACCCACAAAUCGAGACCAUGUUACAGAGUUGUCGAUCGCAACUAUAAAGAAAGAUGCAAAAGUAACGAUUCAAACAUCAUUGAGAAUAGGGUCUUAUGUGAAACAGAGGGAUAUUUACCUGUUUUCAAUUUUCCCGAACAGACAGUAUAUCCGAACAAGUACUGCGCAUUAUGUAAUCAGGACUAUGCGUAUGAAUGUGACCCAUAUACAUAUAUGGAGUUACUGGCAGGCUAUUCGUUCUUUUUCAAUGAGUUUCCUGGCCUUUCCUAUGACAUCCUGAUUGAAAUUCAAACUGACGAUACUUUAGCGAUCAAAGGGCAAAACAUCAAAGGUUCUCAAGUCCAGAGUGAUAGUCUGACAACCAUCUGUGACCGCAGGAAGUGUCGGAUCCAGAAAUGUCCCGAAUUCUUCACGUUAUAUGACGGUCUGUGUAAGUACACAGAAAAAAUUGCAAAUGUUAUUGUUAACAUUUCUUUCGAAGUAGAUGUUAACAGUUUAGAUGGUCUUUUUGAAAAAGUUCAAUCACUCGGUCACAGACAACCAAUUGAUACAAUGGCAGAUAUUGUACCAUUGUAUCAGAACAUUGAAAAUCAAUAUUAUAAUGAAGUCAGCAGAUACGAGUCAAACACCAUGUACAUAAGGUACGACUCCUUGUCUUCUUUUCUGAUCAAAAUAAAACAAACAAAAACUGAUUCCGAAAUCGAGGAAACGAUUAAGGAUUACAUGAUUCGUGGGAAAGCCUUUAUGGAACUCAUUACCAGUACAAAUGUGACUCUCACCUGGUUCUUUGCUAACACUGGGGAAAAUAUGAUCCCAAAAUUCUUCAGCGUGAAAUCUCAGGAAAAUGGAGGAAUGAAUGGUACAGAUGAAAGGAAUGCGAAUACAAUAUUAAGCCUUGAUGAUGAUACAGUCAAAGGGACAAAUGAGACGAGUGUGAGCAUAACGAAUACCCCAAAGAUGAAUACCACAAAGGCAUCAGGCACAAACAUUCAUUAUUUAAACCCUAUUUAUUCUGGGUUCAGUCUUUUCUGGUUGGCUGGGUGGACUAUAACACUAACAUUCAUGUACUUUUGAUUUCAUGUGCACUUUGCACAGUGGAAAUCAAGAAUGUCUGUUUACAAAAUUACUGAAUUUUGAUUUCUAAAAUCAAUUCAAAAAUUUUGAAGCAUUUGAAAGAAAGUUUUUUUUUACUUUCUAGGAAUAAAAUGUGAAAUAUAACAAAAAAAGAAGGAUAUACUAUAUACUAGUGUGUCCAAUAAAUAAGGUGAAAGAUAUUGUAACUUUCUUAAUAUUGCACCAGGCUUGAUGGGCCUUGAUGAAAUUUUCAGAGUUUGUAUCUUUCACCUUAUUUAUUGGACACCCUGUAGUAUAUGAUUUCAAAAACUGAUACUUGUGAAAGACUUGUAAACAGGAAGGAGAUUCUUUCCCGAGUGAAAUAUACUUUGAUUUGAAUUUUGGAAUUUGAAUUUUAUGGGUAAAAGACAAAGAUGCUGUUUUUAUAAUGUGAAAGACAAUUUGAGCAUGGCUUUUAUAAUGUGAAGAUGAUUUGAGCAAAAAUUAUUGAAAUUGAUAUUUUAUUGACAAAAUAUGUAUCAACUCUCUAAUGUUAUUAUAAACCAUACAAGAAUUAUAACAACAAUCGUAUGUCACCAUUCUGAAAUUGCUUAACAAGUUUAACAAUUCGUUUGAGACACCAAAAUGCCUAUACCGAAUCCCAGUAGUAUAAUAAAAAAACAUUGUAACUGUAGUUAUGUCAUUACUUCCUCUUAGUGAUAUAAGUAAUUCAAUAUUAAGACAAAUAAGCUCUCGACUUUAUCAGUGAUCUCCUGAACAUCAAAAACAGCAGAGUAAUGUACUUUUUUGCUGAAACCUGAAAGUUUGUUUGCAUCCAGCCAAGAGAAUGAAUAAAACAUUAAGAUAUUACAUUAUGAUAAAUAAAACAGAUGCAUUUUAGUUGAGAAAAACAUCAGGUCAUUACUGAAUAUGAAAAAUAAUUUACCAAUCAAUUAUCUAUUGUUUUAGCAUUCUUAUACAUGUACUAAACCUAUACAAAAUGUCACC